AUGUCGAUAUUGUAUAGUCUCACUCGUUUUUUUGCUCAAGGCAGUAGACCGCUGAGUGAUGGAGCCGUGAAUACGGAUAAUUUGGGAAACGCAUGCUACGCAAAGAGGAAUUCAACCCAUACCAUUGCCCAACCUCAGCAGAAUGGCGGGGUGCAAGCAUUUGGCGAAGGAGGCGGAGCUUGGGAAGUUGUCCUGCUCCCAAUCACUACCAACCCGAUAAAGAGGGACGAUGAGGAUCUCGAGGUCCAUUGGGAUGGCCAGGAUGACCCAGCGAAUCCACGAAACUUCCCUCUGAUCCUGCGAUGGUCUAUGGUUAUUAUCAUAUCACUCUGCUCCUUGUGCACAAUUUGCACAUCUGCAUUAUACACGAUGACGUAUGAACAGAUCACGGUGGAAUUCAACUGCUCCAGGCUCACUGCCACUCUGGGCUUGUCGCUCUUUAUCUUGGGUCUUGGGGUUGGGCCCCUGUUCCUCGCGCCAUUGUCCGAAUUCUACGGCCGCCGCCCAUUGUACCUAGUAGCUAUGGCACUCUUCGUUCUAUGGCUUAUCCCGUGCGCUACCGCGCAAAACAUUCAAACAAUGCUUGUCGCACGCUUCUUCGGUGGAUUCUCGAGCAGCGCAUUCAUGACCGUGGCUGGAGGGUCGAUUAGCGACCUUUUCUCGCAUGAUGAGUUGCAGCGGCCCAUGAUGGUUUAUACGGCGACUCCAUUCCUAGGCCCCAUAAUUGGACCGGUGGUUGGCGCGUUCAUUAACCAAUACACCUCCUGGCGAUGGUCCUUCUAUUUUGCCAUAAUCUGGAGCAGCGUCCUGCUGAUCUUCAUGGUCCUUUUCAUGUCGGAAACGUACCAUCCGGUUCUCUUGCGGCAUAAAGCACAGAGGCUGCGAAGGGAGACCGGCCGUGCUUAUUAUGCCUGGAUCGAGAAGACCGAUAAAUCAAUCGCGACGGAGGUGAUGUGGUCAUUCUCGCGCCCGUUGCAGUUGCUAUUACUCGAACCGAUGGUGACGUGUCUGUGUGUUUAUACAUCCAUAGCCCUCGGGAUCCUCUACCUCUUCCUAGACGCCUUCUAUGCCAUAUUCACCAACAACUAUGGUUUUGAGCUCUAUCAAGUCGGCCUAUCGUUUCUCGGUUUGCUUUUCGGGACAGUAACUUCCGCUGCGACACAUCCAUUCUGGAACUGGAAUUAUCGACGGCUUGUGCGGAAGAGGGAGGCGAGUGGAGGAGAGCCAGGGGCCGGCGAACCGGAAUACAGGUUACCCCCUGCAAUUGCAUCUUCGAUUUUGCUUCCGCUGGGCAUGUUCUGGUUUGGCUGGACGACGCACGGAUCCAUCCACUGGAUCGUCCCGAUUAUCGGCAGCGGCUUCUUUAGUGCAGGUGUCGUCCUCGCAUUCAACGGUGUCCUAACCUUCCUUGUACAUGCGUAUCCAGUGUAUUCGGCAAGCGCCAUGGGUGCGAAUUUGAUCCUCAGGAGCAUCUUCGCCGCCGCAUUCCCCAUAUUUGGCAUGCAGUUGUACGAAAAGCUCGGAGAUCAAUGGGCAACGUCGCUUCUUGGGUUUGUGACUGUUGCAAUGAUGCCUUUUCCAUACGGGGCACGACUCCGGGCAAAGAGCCGUUGGGCAGCAAGAGGCCAUUUUAAACGAUGA